AUGCUUAAGACUGCUUAUGGGGAUGCUGCCCUAAGUAAAACCAGAGUCUACGAGUGGUUAUCACGUUUUAAAAAUGGGGAAAUGGCAAUUGAAGACCAACCUCCUUCAGGUAGCCUCACCACAACGUCAAGAAAUGACGAGACGUCGACGAAAUCAAUGCUCUUGUCCGUGAAGAUCGUCGCCGAACCAUUGAUCAACUUUGUGAGAUGUCUGGAAUCAAUUCAGAGGAUUUUAUCCGAAAAUUUGCACAUGAGAAGCGUUGCAGACAAAUUUAUCCCUCGCGUCCUCACAGACGAGCAAAGGGAGCGUCGACUUCAAGCAUGUUUGGAGCUUCAAAAUCAGCUCAAGGAAGACUCCGAAUUUUUUUCCAAGGUGAUUACUGGUGACGAAUCGUGGUGCUACGGACACGAUCCCGAAACAAAAUAG